GCGAGGCAACCACCACUAGUUGCGUGCCGUGCGAUGACGGGGAGCAGCUGUUGCCUCUGAACUGCUAAUUGGAAAACCAAACAGAUCCGCAUCCGCAAACACACACACACUCUCUCCAAAAUUACAGGCGUUUCGCGAAAUUGUGAGUUUCGUGUGAAGUUGGCCAAAUUGAAAAGCGAGCGACGGCGGGCAGCACACAACACAAAUCGUUCCGUUAUCAAUCGAAAUCUAGCUCCAAACCAAAGUUUUGUAACGCAAUCGGGCAAUCGCAUUCGGAGUGAAAGAGAUAUACCCUUCCAUACGGACACAGUGGGCGUGAGACAGAGAAGGAGCGAGAAAAUUCAAAAAAUUCCCAUUUUUUGAGUUUUUAUUUUUUUUUUAUAUAUUGUUGUUGUGGUUUCCCUGUGAGAGCGGAGCUUGGGGGACAUGCUGAUGCAAGGAUGAUGGCGGCGAGUGAUGCGGAGAAGAAGAAGAUGAUGUCGUCGUCCAACAGCACGGUGCGCCUGCCCAUUGUGGGCAUGACAUGCCAGUCGUGUGUCCGCAAUAUUCAGGAUAAUAUCGGCCAAAAGAAGGGUAUACUGAAUGCCCGGGUGGUGCUCGAGGAGGCGGCCGGUUACUUCGACUACGAUCCCAGGGAAACGAAUCCCACACAGAUAGCCAGCGAUAUCGAUGACAUGGGCUUCGAGUGCAGCUAUCCAGAUGGAGAUGGAGAAGAUGAAGAAGAAGGUGGUAUUGGUGGCGGAGGAGCGUGGACAAAUAUCCGGGUGGUGGGCAUGACCUGUCAGUCGUGUGUCCGGAACAUUGAAGGUAAUAUCGGCACCAAACCGGGCAUCCAACACAUCGAAGUCCAGCUGGCGGCCAAGAAUGCCCGCGUCCAGUACGAUCCCGCCCAGCUGACGCCCGACCAGAUAGCCGAGAUGAUCGAUGACAUGGGCUUCGAGGCGACGGCAGCCAGUACCAGUGACAACACCACCACCACGCCCGCGUCAUCGCCCCGCAAAAGUCCGCCCCCGUCAUCACCUGUCCCGCUAGCAGCUGUUGCCCAGCAGAAUGGCACCGCUGUCGCCAUACCCGUGGAACAGGAGCUCCUGACCAAGUGUUUCCUCCACAUACGCGGCAUGACCUGCGCCAGCUGUGUGGCGGCCAUCGAGAAGCACUGCAAGAAGAUCUACGGCCUGGACAGUAUACUGGUGGCUCUGCUGGCCGCCAAGGCGGAGGUCAAGUUCAAUGCCAAUGUCCUCACCGCGGAGAACAUUGCCAAGUCCAUAACGGAGCUGGGCUUCCCCACCGAGAUCAUUGACGAGCCGGACAACGGUGAAGCCGAGGUGGAACUGGAAAUCAGCGGCAUGACCUGCGCCUCCUGCGUCAACAAGAUCGAGAGCCAUGUCCUGAAGGUAGUGAAGGGAGUGACCUCGGCCUCAGUGACGCUGCUAACCAAGCGGGGCAAAUUCCGUUACAACACUGAGGACACUGGCCCCCGGAGCAUAUGCGAGGCGAUCGAGGGACUGGGCUUCGAGGCGAAGCUUCUGACGGGACGGGACAAGAUGGCCCACAACUACCUGGAGCACAAGGAGGAGAUCCGCAAGUGGCGCAACGCCUUCCUCGUCUCCCUGGUCUUCGGAGGACCCUGCAUGGUGGCCAUGAUCUACUUCAUGCUGGAGAUGAGCGACAAGGGACACGCGAACAUGUGCUGCCUGGUGCCGGGCCUCUCGAUGGAGAAUCUGGUGAUGUUCCUCCUAUCCACCCCGGUGCAGUUCUUCGGUGGCUUCCACUUCUACGUCCAGUCGUAUCGGGCCAUCAAGCACGGCACCACCAACAUGGACGUCCUCAUCUCGAUGGUGACGACCAUUUCGUACGUCUACUCCGUGGCGGUGGUGAUUGCCGCCAUUCUGCUGGAGCAGAACAGCUCCCCGCUGACCUUCUUCGACACACCGCCCAUGCUGCUGAUCUUCAUCUCGCUGGGACGCUGGCUGGAGCACAUCGCCAAGGGCAAGACCUCGGAGGCGCUGUCCAAGCUGCUCUCCCUGAAGGCCGCCGACGCCCUGCUGGUGGAGAUCUCCCCGGACUUUGAUAUCAUCAGCGAAAAGACCAUAUCGGUGGACUAUGUCCAGCGGGGGGACAUCCUCAAGGUGAUACCGGGUGCCAAGGUGCCGGUGGAUGGCAAGGUUCUGUACGGCCACUCCACUUGCGACGAGUCCUUGAUCACGGGAGAGUCCAUGCCGGUGGCGAAGCGCAAGGGUGCCGUGGUAAUUGGUGGCUCCAUUAACCAGAACGGGGUGCUCCUGGUGGAGGCGACGCACACGGGCGAGAACACCACGCUGGCGCAGAUCGUCCGGCUGGUGGAGGAGGCCCAGACGAGCAAGGCGCCCAUCCAGCAACUGGCCGAUCGCAUCGCCGGCUACUUCGUCCCCUUCGUUGUCCUCGUCUCAAGCAUCACCCUCAUUGGCUGGAUCAUUGUUGGCUUCACCAAUCCGGAUCUGGUGCCGGUGGCGAUGGAGCACAAGAUGCACAUGGACCAGAACACCAUCAUUGUCAGCUACGCCUUCAAGUGUGCCCUGAGCGUGCUGGCCAUCGCAUGUCCCUGCGCCCUGGGCCUGGCCACGCCCACCGCCGUCAUGGUGGCCACCGGGACAGGAGCCAUCAACGGAGUGCUGGUCAAAGGAGCCACAGCUCUGGAGAAUGCGCACAAGGUCAAGACCGUAGUCUUCGACAAGACCGGCACCAUCACCCACGGCACUCCGAUGACCAGCAAAGUGACCCUCUUCGUCUCCGCCCAGGUCUGCAGCCUGGCCCGGGCUCUGACCAUCGUGGGAGCUGCGGAGCAGAACAGCGAGCAUCCGAUCGCCUCGGCCAUCGUCCACUUCGCCAAGGAAAUGCUCAAUGUGGCCGGCAACGGGGCGCCCCAGACGGUGAGCUUCGGCAAGAGCAGCCACUUCCAGGCGGUGCCCGGAUGCGGUAUUCGCGUCACCGUCUCCAACUACGAACAGACGCUCCGGCAGGCGUGCAACGCCGAACGGAUCAUCAACUACGAGAACCUGCACCGCACCCAUCCCCAGGGCUCGGUUCAGGUGGACAAUGGUGCCAGUAUCGAGCACCUGCUACCCCAGCGCAAUGUCCGCAAGUCCAUGGAACUGACACAGCAGCAGCUAUUGUCCGAUCUGGAUCUGGAGCAGGAUCUGGUGCAUGUGGCGGACCAGAAGAACAUCAUCGAUGGCCCAGAGAUUCUGGUGCUGAUCGGCAAUCGGGAGUGGAUGCAGAGGAAUGCCAUCGAAGUGCCGCUGGAGAUCAGCGACUGUAUGACGCACGAGGAGCGGAAGGGACAUACGGCAGUGCUGUGUGCCCUCAACGGGCAGCUGGUGUGCAUGUUUGCCGUCUCCGACAUGGUGAAGCCAGAAGCCCACCUGGCCGUCUACACCCUGAAGAAGAUGGGCAUCGACGUGGUCCUCCUGACGGGCGACAACAAGAACACAGCCGCCAGUAUUGCCAGAGAGGUUGGCAUUCGAACCGUGUACGCGGAGGUGCUGCCCUCCCACAAGGUGGCCAAGAUCCAGCGCAUCCAGCAGCACGGCAUCCGGGUGGCCAUGGUCGGUGACGGCGUCAACGACAGUCCGGCACUGGCCCAGGCCGACGUCGGCAUCACCAUAGCCGCCGGCACAGACGUGGCCGCCGAGGCGUCGGACAUCGUUCUGAUGCGGAACGAUCUGCUGGAUGUGGUGGCCUGCCUGGAUCUCUCCCGCUGUACGGUGCGUCGCAUCCGCUACAACUUCUUCUUCGCCAGCAUGUACAACCUGCUGGGCAUCCCGCUGGCCAGUGGCCUCUUCGCCCCCUACGGCUUCACUCUGCUGCCGUGGAUGGCGUCCGUGGCGAUGGCAGCCAGUUCUGUGAGCGUGGUCUGCUCCUCCCUGCUGCUGAAGAUGUACCGGAAACCCACAGCGAAAACACUCCGGACAGCGGAGUAUGAGGCACAGUUGGCGGCGGAGAGGGCCCGGGGCUCGGAGACGGAACUGGACAAGCUGUCGCUGCACCGGGGACUGGACGAUCUGCCCGAGAAGGGCGGCGGCGGCGGCGGAGGAGGGAGCCGAAUGGCUUUCAAGCGAUCCACCAACUCGCUCAUCUCGCGCAUCUUUAUGCACGGCAAUGGAGGCGUCACAUCGCUGGACGGCAAGCACGAGGAGGGUCUGCUCGAUCCCGAGGAGCAGUACGAUGGCAGGACGAAGAUUGUGAGGAGUCGCUACCACCACAGCGACAGCACCGAGCUCCAGAAGCUGUGAAUGAAACGAAAUGCAAUCCCAUCCCAUCCUAUCCCAUUGAAUGCCACCCAAAAAAAAGGACCUUAAACGACAAAAUUUCAGUGAAAUUGUUCAAUUCUAAGCGCGGCAUUAAAACUGAACUAUAAACCUAAAGAUAAUGCCUGAAUCGGAGAUAGAAAGAGACAGAUAGAUAGAUAGAUAGAGAGAGAGUUAUGAUAUGCAUAUGUACAAAACAAAUAUAUAUAUAGCUAUAUAUAUGUUAGGUCUAGUCUAGGGAGAUCGGUUGUAAGUUCGGAAUGUAAUCUACGGACCAGAUGGAUCACUUUCCUAGCACGUGUAUAUAUAAUUGCUCAAGACGAAACAUAUUUAAUGAAUACUGCUAAGUGUCUAUAUAUAUCUGACCUGCCAAGCUAUUGUUUCUCCAAAAAAAAAACACCAACUCCUAUACUAUAUUUUCUUUCCUUUUUUUUAUAAAAAAACACCCACAUCCCACACACCCGUCCCUUAAGAACCUUCUUUUUCACACACAAAUUUGUUAACUAAGAUAUAUAUUUUUUUGUUUUUUUUUCUUUUAAUACACAAGAUAGUUAAGAGAUCUAUUAUUUUUGUCACAGCUAGUAGUUGUAAUUUUGUUAAUAUUAAGUUGAAAUGAACAAAGUGAAAAAAAAAAAGUGUGUAGAAAUAGAAGGAAGAAAACAUCAAUCAUUGAAUUAUUUGUUAUUGUUAAACUGCAUUAUUAUUCAUUACUAAAGUAAGCCUUAAAAAAAACAAUCAAAGAAGAAAAGACGAAAAAUCGAACAACUAUUGACCCUCCUGUCCUUGAGAUAUCCUUGAUUCCCAUAAGAAAUCGGCUCUGAUCCUUAAAAGGAGGAUGUACAUUUGUAAGACAAAUCGGGCACAACACUAAAAAAACCAAUAAAAAAAUUAUUUAAAAAUUAAAAAACGAUUUAAAAAAACAUUCUUUAUAUGUAACUUUAAAUGUUUAUUAACAAAUGAAAGCAUUGUUAUUGUAAAUAAAAAAUAAAAUCGAAGAGGACUUGGAGAAAUGUAAGGCCCCAUACCGGCAUAAA